CCCAGCAGCCUAAUUAACGGACAAAACAGUUCAAUUAGCUAUGGCAAGGGAAAAGAAACGAGCGAAAUAUUGUGACUCGUGCAUGGACGAUGUGAACACUGAUUACGUUGACACUCAAGAUACUGAUGUUCAGGAGCUUUACAGGAAAGGGCUGGAAGUGUACCGAGGCCUAGACGACGAUACAUCAGAACACCGCGUGGACGAGACGAGCGUGGUAAAACUCGCAUACGAAAAGAUUUCAGAGAAGGAAGCGGCCGUUCUUCGCCGAUUGUUGAGAUCAGGACGACGCGUGGAGGACCUUUGCCUGCACGAUAUUUCUCUGUGCGCGUUCAAGCUUGCCUUCGACAACCUCGAGCAAUGUCCUUCGCUGAGUAGUAUGUAUAUCCAUGUUGACCUUCAAGGCAAGGAGUUCGGCACAAGUUUUUCAGGAGUAUUUACAAGCCUGCACUCAUUGGAGCUGAGCUGCGACAACACAGGGAGUGGAUUCGCGCACCAUAUUGCGAGCUACAUGCGACAGAACAAGACGUUGAGGGUACUGCGCCUUCGCAACUCCUGUGGCGGUGACGAAGGUGCCGCUGUUCUCAUCGAAGCCCUCCUGGAAAACGAUACCCUCAAGAUAUUCGCAUUGAACGACAUCAAGUCGUCUUCUGACACCUUAGUCGGCUUUGCGAAGAUGCUUGCAUCCAACUCGACCCUGGAGAUGGUGCACCUGGGUGAAGUGUGUUGCGGGGAAGUAGUCAAAGUGUGGGCGCUGUUGGCACAGAAACGCUAUGCUGGCGUCUUCCAGAGGCUUCAGAUCGUGUGGCCCGAGGAGCUUCUCCCGGAGCUCACCGCGCUCAUCCGCAGACAAGCCUGCUGUCCCGGGUUGUCAGUAUCCGUGACCCCCUCGGCCGACGAGGGUGUUCUUGAAGAGUUUUUCGACGCCGUGGCCGCAGACAAGACACUUCGCGGGCUCUCGCUUCUGCCCCAGCAACACACGUUCGACGCACUAGCGAACGGCAUCGCUUCCUUAGUGAUGCGUACAACGACGCUCCGCGAAAUCAGGGACAACCACUUCGUUGAAAAAGGCAACGAGCGCCAUCUUAUAGGCAUUCUUGAUGCCUUAAAGGAAAACCGCUCCAUUUCGCACUUCACAAUGUACGCGCAAGCGAUGACGCCCGCGUUGGCGACAUCCUUGUCGGGGUUGCUCGCCACGAACAACACGCUGAACGUCGUCCGCGUCUGCAACGACUCGGUAAUCUCGCCCAAAGAGGUGGAAACGGUCCUUCAGGGCAUGAGGGUAAACUUCACAGUCAGCGCUCUCAGGAUUUUCUUCCGCCACGACGACUCCGAGGGAACCUUCGAGGAGAUGAAGGACAUUCUAGACAGGAACGCUCGUCUCUUGAAGAAGGCUGCGAAGUUCGUGAUUUCGGGUCCUGACUUAAACGACGAGAGAGGCAUCGACGCUUUGAAGAAACUGCGCUCAAGCGCUGACCUCGUGAAGAAAGUGCAGAAGCUAACUUACAAGACAGAAGAGGCGGCGACUGAAGCAAUCCAGUCAGUCCUAGCUUGCAUAUCGGCCUGAGUAUGGCGAUCAAGAAGCAUGGGGUGUACUUGGGUACACCGACCGUAUUGUCCUAUCUGGGCCUACCUCUGUUUCGCUGCUUUUGCACAAUAGGAGA